CAUAAAUAUGAGGGUAGACUGUGUUGAAUGUGGGAAAUCAGGCAGCUCAGGCAGAGAACCUUAGGCAAGACUAUUCUGUGGUGCUAAUGCUGAGCAGGCUUCUAUCUUCCAGUUACUCCUGCUGCAGGCAAAAGAAGUUUGCUGCGACGUUCCUUUACACGGUAAAAUCUGCACAUAGCCUACGACCUCUGCUGAGCAGAAAGACUUGAGUUUGUGCGUGUGCUGGAGGAGAACAUGAACACCCUGAUGACUGGCUUGCUAUUCUCAGUGCUACUAAUUCUGACUCUGAGGCUGCAGGAGCUCGUGGAUGGAUGUACCUGUCUUCCAGUUCAUCCACAAGUUACAUUUUGUAACUCUGAUAUAGUGAUACGAGCAUUAGUCACUCGUAAAAGGCUGAUUUCUUCCAACAAAGUGGAACCUGGCACGAUCCAGUACGCAGUAAAACAAGAAAAGAUGUACAAAGGAUUUGAAAUGAAGAAAAUGGUGGAGUAUGUUUACACAGCUUCCAGCUCUGCUGCAUGUGGUGUCGAGCUGGAAACCAAUAUCCAGUACCUCAUAACAGGCCAAUUUGGUAUUCAUGGGAUCAUUCAUAUUGGAAUCUGCAAUUGGAUUGUUCCAUGGGAUGAGCUAACUUCAUUACAAAAAUGGAACCUGAAGUGGAACAAGUAUGAAACAGGCUGCUCCUGUCAAAUUGUCAGCUGCCAUGGUCUACCCUGCUCUACUCCAACAAAGGCCCAAUGUGUUUGGACUGACCUGGUAUUUGAGAAGACCCCAGCUGGAUCACAGGCAAAGAACAGUGCCUGCACAAAGCACGACGAUGGUUCCUGUCACUGGUCUGGUGAAGGAUCAGCCAGUGUGAAUGAAAAUAUCUAUUAUGGUGAACCUUGAGUGUCCCUCUGCCUCAUAAGAGUUGUGUUCAACACCAGCUACGGGUGGUCCAUUUCUAUCAAAGACCCCCGGGUUCCACUGUUAAUGCCAACAUUUUGUCAGUUUAUUGUAUUCCUAUAUGCUAUGUGAGGCACAGCGGCUUCUCCAUCCAUUCUUACACUGAAUGUACCCCAAUGAAUGAGAAACAACACUUAUAGCCCUGCGUUAAAUUCUACUAGCAUGCUGAGUUUUGUCACCCGAGGCAAACUAAAGCAUCAACACCAGUACAAUAAUUGUGAAUGUGUAUCGACUCUGUAGUUGGCUGGUGAAGUUUUCUAUCAAAACUUAUUAUAACUCUUACUGAUGCAAGUUGAAACAUAAAGAAAAUGUGUCUUUUUAUUUCAGAAUGAUGCUACAUUUUAUGUUAGUCAGUUAUUUUAAAAAUCCAGGUUAAAUUCAAGAGUGCACUAGUGUAACCCUUGCCUCAGCAGCGGAAAGAUUACAAUUGUGUCAAAAAUUGCUAUCUGUUUUCUUUUUAAGGCUGUGCCACAUGCAGGGUAAUAUUAACAUGCAGCUGACAGCACAAAGGCCAUGUAAGAUGCCAUUAUGUGUGAUGCACCAAAACAUAUAAAGAACACAGUAAUCGAUGGCAGCAAGCAAAGGGACUGCUCCCUCCCUUGUCCCCCAAAGUGCUCCUUUUUGUUUAAUAAAAUGACUUUCUUUUCCUGAAGGAUGAAGUCCUAUUAAAAUAAAAUUACAAUUUUUAAAAAGCAGAUUAGUUCCAUGUAAAAUUAACAAAUGUUCUCAUUCAUAUUGUUUGCUCCUUUUGUCAGUGGCAGAGUACAAUCCACACUGGCGCUAAACAGAAAGUGGGGCUAUAGCCAAAUGCCAUGAACAUGAAUAUACUGUCUGUCUGUUAAAUCUUAAGUUAUCUCUGUUAUAUAUGUUUUGAAAAAAAAGUUCCAUGUUCCAUCAUUCACAUAAUGAAGUAAGACUAAUACAUGAAUCAAUUGGACCAGCAAAAUCCUGGUCAUAAGUAUUUAAAAAAAAGGCUUGGUGUAUUUAGGAAAUUUUGGGAUAAGAUACUGUAUAACAGAGAUGGAUAAUCACAGCCUGUAAGCCCGCAAGUAACAGGCUUCAUGCUCCGAUGAUCGAAUUCAAAUCCAGUCCAAAUUUCCUUUGGAACAAUUUUGAUUAGCUUAACUAAAUAGGGCAUGAAAGAUCUCUGGAAUCUUAUUUUGUUAUUAGCAUAUUUGAAUACAUUUGUAUAGCUUAUAACUAUUUUGAGAAAUCAGCAAGAAACCUUUACUCUAGUACCGAAAAUGAAAGAAAAUCCAAUCAAUAAUUGAUUUCAAAACUGACAACAGAUUCAAUGCAGAUGGACUGCUUUAGAACAUAGAUACAAAGAUGAUUUCUCAUAUUUGAUAUGAAUGUUCUGCUUUGUAAGAACAAUGCUGUCUUGCCAAAUAUCUAACAAAAAGCUUUCUUAUUAAUGUUUUAAUAAA